ACUCUUUCGGAUAACGUUUUUCUCGGAAACCAAAUUUGCUUCCACUAAACCAGUGAACCAAUGAUUGGCCCAGUAGAAACUUGUAACCAACGACGCUAUUAUGCAGACAUAAAAUAAAUAAAUAAAUAAAUAAACUACUUCUAUCUAGUAGGAACUCUCAGACGAAGGGUAUACGGUAACUGUAUAUAUUAAGUACUCGUAAAUUAAGCAACUCGGCGGUCUUUUUGCGUUAUUACUCACCCAACAAAACAAUAAUUUCAUAAUUUUUUUUUAUUUGGGUCUGUAACUCGAUAAUAAUGCAAUGAUUUAAAAGAGAAAGAACGACUGAACAUUUGAGGUAUCAAUGCUUUUCUCGGGAAUAUUAGGAACGUAAAACGGGUAAUUGAAACUGCUACACCUACUCGAACCCCGGCUUUCCAGGAGCUUGCUUGCUUCCACCACAUGGAUUCCGGUAGUUGAUGUGUAUACAAACAUCAAGCUCGUAAUCGAAGAAAACUGAAAGUUGUGACGUUCAUCCCUUUCCUGAAUGCUGUAAUGAUAGAAAUUAAAUGGUUGGCUGCAACUAGAAAUUGGUUCGUCCAGAAUUAACUCUUCGGGGCCAUGGUGCUUAUGACAAAAGACAAAAAAAAAAAAAAGAUCAGUAAGAAAGAAAAAGUGACAAAGCACACAAUGCCAAUUUGUAAUGAAAUUAAUAAUUAUCUUAGUUUAGGAAUCGAUGGACAUGUAUCACAAGACAGACUUUGACUACGUCACGUAACCGAAACAAUAAGCGGCGGUGGCGGUCGGUGAUGAAAUGAAAACCUAAAUCGAUAACUUAAAACCAUGAGUCUGCGUUUACUGGUUAAAAAUUCCUGUAGCCGGCGCCGAAGUUGUGCCGUCGUGCAGGAGACUUGUUAUCAUUCCAUUUGAAAUGAUGAGAAAAAACCAUUGGUUCAAAUAGGAUUACAAUUGGUGUUGCCCAGCAACUGGCAAUUCGAAUUAUCACUCCCAUCAGCUUGUCAGUCAGUUAUUAGCCAGUCAGUCUUUGAACAAGGAAGUAGUGCUUCUUCGCAUUCUCUUCCAAACAUUCAUGUAGUUGGAAAACUGUCACUCUAGUUAAUAAUAAUAAUAGUAAUAUUAGAAGCAAUAAGUUUGUUCUAAGUGGUGUGAGAAGAGGAGACAAAAUGCCACCUUUUGAUCUGAAAGGCUGUGAUAUAACCAACCAACCAAAGGUUUAUGAAGUAAUAAUAAUUGGAAAUGGACCUUCUGCAAUUUGUUUAUCUUUCCUUCUGUCUGGAUACCGUCCUUACUACAAUGGAUUGCCUCAUUCAGUGCCAUUCUUAGAAGAAAAACUCAAAGGUUUAAAAGGGAAAUCAGUUGUUGAAUCCGAUUUAUAUGAUUUGGCCCAAGGACUUGAAGGACGUUCACUGAACCCUGUUGCUGUUUUAUUUGAUCAUAUGUUACACCCAGACGCUGAUCAUGGGGCACUAAAUCCCUCUCUGCUGACAUGGGUAUAUGACAGACAGCAUGAAAUCCCACACCUUGUUCUAGGAAAAUGGUCACCCGGUGGUUCAUGGCAGCAAAUGGAUGGAAACCUACAGACUAUCAGCAUUAGUAACUGGAUGGAACUACCAUCUUUGCCUUUACAGAAAUGGCUAAACAAAAAGAAAACCUCGGUGUCUGAAAAAAACAGGAAAGACAAUCGUGCAACAGUUGCAGAUGUCCGCAACUAUUAUUGCGAUUUUUUAAAAGAAAAGAACAUUUACAAGAAUUUCCGCAAUGGUUAUUUAGUUAGUUCUGUGCAGAAAGUUCUGGACACUUGUGAAGGAAUUGAUUGUGAGAGUGGAGAAGCAAUGCCUUGCUGUCAAAAUGUUAAAGCAGACCAUAAAUUUUUAUGGGAAGUACGUGGACAUAAAGUGGAUACAAAACGACGUGAUGGCCAGGAACCUUUUCCACACGAGGACUUUUGUUUCCAAAGCAACUCAGUAGUUUUAGCUACAGGUACGACGGACCUACCUAACCGAUUAGGUACCACUGGGGAAAAUCUGCCUUAUGUGGUACACUCCCUUAAAGCUUUUGAACAAAUGAUUACAAAAAAAGAGAUUGCAAGUGACUCUGAUCCUGUUGUUGUUGUUGGUGCUGGCCUAUCUGCUGCUGAUGCUAUUUUGAUGGCUCUCGAAAAUGACAUCUCUGUUGCUCAUGUAUUUCGUGUCAGUCCAAAUGAUUCAUCUCUGGUUUUCAAAAAGUUACCUCUAAGCAUGUACCCUGAAUAUCACAGAGUAUACUCUCUUAUGAAAGGUAAAGAAGUGAAUGACCUUUAUAAACCAUAUUCCAGGCAUCAGGUUGAAGAUCUGCAGAAAGACAACAAAGUACUGAUAAAGUGUCUUAAAAACAGCUGCAACAUAAGUACCCUGAAUACCUCCUUGGCUGUUGUAUUGAUUGGUGCAAAACCUAACUUAGCAUUCCUGCCACAAGAAGGGAAAUAUCUAGGCACCAUUGAAAAACAAUCUAUUGACAGUAAACAUAAUCCCAUCCAAGUGGACCCUUUUUCUUAUGAAGCAAUCAAAGAGCCUGGAAUGUAUGCCAUGGGACCAUUGAUGGGCGAUAAUUUUGUACGUUUUGCAAUUGGGGGUUCAUUAGGGAUCACAAAUCAUUUAAUAAUGAAAGCUCAGGGAAAAUAACAAUAAUAAUUAUUUAGGAAUUUUUUUUAUAUUAAAAAAAGAUUUUUUUCAGAGAAAGCAUUUUAUAUGGUGUUUACAUUUUAAUAUAGUAAACAUGAUUUAUAAGAAUUUUUUAUUAAUAAAAGAC